AUGUCUGGAAAGGACUCCGACAAACGAGAACCCAAAGGGUCACCUCCAACUGGACUUCCAGCUCGAGAGAAGUUACCUGCGGAAUUUCAGAAGAUCAUAGACAAGGCAGAUAGUGACGAGAGCUUUUACGACGAGCUUUAUGAUGGAGUUGCCCCUCAAUCAACAGAAAGCAACAUACGAUACGCCGCCUAUGCAAGCCGCAUACGAACAGCACUCCUCUCCGCCCAAAGAUACGUUGCCUACACUUCAGAUAUCGGGGAAUCUUUUCGCCCAGUCGCCCAUCCUAACUGGGUAAAGGCCGCGUACGGAGUCUCGUGGGCUUAUCUGGUCGGAGACGUAGCGCACGAGGGGUACAAGGCCUAUUGCAGCAACCAACGAACCCUCCACCCAGAACUACCCCGAGAAGCAGCGACGGAGCGAUACAACGAUGCACAAACAGAUAUUAAGGUCGUGGCGGCAUAUGCAGGCGUCGAUCUGGUACCAAAAACGGUGACGGCUUUAGAGGAUUACCGGACAGUCAUGGCUCAGAGGGCACUUUUCCAAGGGAUUGCGUCUAUGGGUCUUCCGGCCUUCACUAUCCACUCCAUCGUGCGGUAUUCUGGCCAAGCGCUGAAGAAGUCAAAAAACGUCAGGCUGCGAACAUACGGCCCUAUUGGCCUGGGCUUGGCAGCAGUACCUGCGCUGCCUUUUGUGUUUGAUAAGCCUGUCGAAGAGGCUGUCGAGUGGGUUUUCCACACGGCAUUCAAGGCAUUCGGAGGGCAGAAGGCUGUAGGAAAUGCGUCACCAACUGGCAGAGAAGACAUGCUAGAGCACAGAGCCGAGAGUUCUACUUCCAGUGGCGAUCGCAAAAAAGAUGCCAUAAAGGAGAAAGAAUUGUGA